AGUGUGUAGUGGACUAGAGUACUGAGUGUUACCCCCCUCUUGUGCCCUGCCUCACCCGGACCUGACUCACCACUGAGUAUCCUGACGCCAUGGGGUGGGGCGUGCUGGCGGCUGCCGCCGUGGCAGCGUUGGGCGGUGUAGCAGAGGCCGCGGGCGGGAAAAUGGAAGACACCAUCAAGGACCUGUACGAGGCCCCGCCAGAGGGCCAGAAGGGCAGACUCUUCGUCAAUUUUAACCAAGCGGUCGCCUACAACACCUCCAUCGCCUUCACGAUGCCUCUGUUCACCUACGCUCUGCCCGGAGUGGAGGAAUUCACGGCGGCGGGCUACACAGCCUCGUCCUUCGGCGCGCUGGCCUGGACGGGGCUCUUCUUGAUGACUUCCAUGGGUAUCUCUCUCUACACGACAUCCCAAGACACUUAUAAUAGAGCGUAUAGCGACUCACAAGAUUCCUUUCUUACUAGAGUCAUCUUGGACUCCGUCUCCGGCCUGCCCAACGUGCUCGACACCUCCACCUGCGCCAGUUUGGCCAUCUGCAGCGCCUACGGUGAUGUGGAUAAAUAUGGAUAUUUAUCUUGGGCCGUCAAGUUCUUCGCUCCGUUCCCGCCCGACGACGUCCCUGAAGAGCAACUGACGGAGUUGGAGAAGGCGGCGAGGUACGGAGAAUGGGGCCAAGACUGCCAGUACGAGUUCCCUUGCUUCGUGCAGCCCCUCGACCUCCUCCUCUACAUGUACGACUACUGGCACGACGACCUCUAGGCGGCAGUCACCAGAACGAGGCACCUGGGGGCGCCGCGCCCCCUACCUGCGAAGAGAGACCGGAGCGACUCGAUCUGAACCCCCCCCCCCCGGGAAGCCUUCUUGAUGAGUGGGAAAUCCUGUUUCAAGUCAUCAAGAAGUUUUCAUAUUGAGUAGGAAAAUGAUUUUGAAGCUCUUAGAAAGUCUUUUUAAUGGGUGAAAGACUCAAUUAGAAGCACCUCAGAAAGUCUUUUUAAUGGGUGAAAGACUCAAUUUGAAGCCCUCAGAAAGUCUUUUUAAUGGGUGAAAGACUCAAUUUGAAGCCCCUCAGAAAGUCUUUUUAAUGGGUGAAAGACUCAAUUUGAAGCCCCUCAGAAAGUCUUUUUAAUGGGUGAAAGACUCAAUUUGAAGCCCUCAGAAAGUCUUUUUAAUGGGUGAAAGACUCAAUUUGAAACCCCUCAGGAAGGCUUCGUGGUAGGAAGCCUGUCUCCAGCUACUUCUCUGGGCAUUAUUAUAUUGUGUACAUAUAUGGCAACUGUUCUCAGGAAAUGAUUGCAUCCACUUCUGAAGCUACAAGACGCUUCCAACACGACUAGCAACCAAGUCACGUGUUUUUGCUCCAUUGAAUACCAGGUUUACUGCAAUAGUGGUUAGCUUAGAGGCAGUUUGAUGUGGCGUUGAUGAGGCGUUGAUGAGGCUAUGGUUGAUGAGUCUAUGGUUGAUGAGGUUAUGGUUGAUGAGGUUAUGGUUGAUGAGUCUAUGGUUGAUGAGGUUAUGGUUGAUGAGUCUAUGGUUGAUGAGUCUAUGGUUGAUGAGUCUAUGGUUGAUGAGUCUAUGGUUGAUGAGGUUAUGGUUGAUGAGGUGUUGAUGAGGCUAUGGUUGAUGAGGCUAUGGUUGAUGAGUCUAUGGUUGAUGAGUCUAUGGUUGAUGAGG